AUGAAGGUUCAUCAGUUCGCACGUGGAUUCUGGGAGCAAGAACCCACCCUCACGCUUGGUGGCUGCAAGCGUUUUCGACCCCUUGCUCCAAAGCUUCCUAACAGCGACAACGUUGUCAGCGCCACACCGUUUGAUCUUAAGAGCUUCAUUCGACCUGAAAGUGGCCCCAGAAAACUUGGAUUCUCUGACGACAAGAGAGAAUCAACUCAGGUGGAGACGCAGCCUGGGGGGACUAGGUGGAAUCCCACGCAAGAACAAAUAGGUAUACUCGAGAUGCUGUAUAGAGGGGGAAUGCGCACUCCCAAUGCCCAACAAAUAGAGCAAAUCACUGCACAGCUCGGAAAGUAUGGCAAAAUAGAAGGGAAGAAUGUGUUUUACUGGUUCCAAAACCACAAAGCACGUGAGAGGCAAAAGCAGAAGCGUAACAGCCUUGGUCUCAGCCAUUGUCCAAGGACACCAGCUUCCACUAUUAGCAGUAGCAUAACAAUGGAGACAAGGGGAUCAGAAGAAGAGAGAGAAGAUAGUCCAUGCAAGAGAAAGUGCAGGACUUGGACAUUCGAGUGCUUGGAAGAGGACAAGAGAUACAACAAAGAGGAGGGAGAUAGGACUCUAGAGCUGUUCCCAUUGCACCCAGAAGGCAGAUGA